AUGAAAUUCGAUAGCGGUGAUUUAGCAAUCUGUGUGACCUGCGGCACACAAUUUGACGUUCCUCUAUCUCAAGCUCCCCCAAACUGUCGCGUCUGCGAUGAUCCACGACAAUUCGUCCCAGCAUCAGGCCAAGCUUGGACAACCCUUUCAGAGGCCCAAUCUACGCAGAAGAAUCAAUUCCAACGAGAUGAUAAGAACCCCAACCUCUGGUUCAUCAGUACCACGCCAAACGACCCUGGAUACAAUCCCUUGAGACCAUCGCCGUCACUCACCUUUCCCAACAAGCAGCUCGGUAUCGGCCAGCGAGCCAUCUUGAUUCAGACUCCGUCUGGAAAUAUCCUCUGGGACUGCAUUGCCUUCCUCGACGAGGAAACGAUCAAGUUUGUCAAGGAGAAGGGAGGACUCAAGGCGAUUGUGAUAUCCCAUCCGCACUUCUACACUACGCAUCUGGAAUGGGCCAAUGUAUUCCAGUGUCCUGUCUACACGAGCAAGGCGGACGAGCAGUGGUUGAACCGUAAGGAUGACAAGAACCAGAGAAUCCUCAUCGAAAAGACCACCGCAAUCAAGGAGGUAGAGGGCGUAACUGCCAUUGUGGUAGGAGGCCACUUCGAUGGAAGUCUGAUCCUGCAUUACGAAGGUCAAUUAUUCCAUGCAGAUUCGAUCAUGGUGGUUCCCUCUGCAUACUACCAGAAGGAUCGUUUGCCCGGAACUACUAGCUACAGCUUCAUGUGGAGCUACCCGAACAUGAUACCGUUGCCGCCUCACAAGAUCCAUGGUAUAUGGAAGGCGCUGCAACCUUUCGAGUUCAAUGCUACGUAUGGAGGGUUUGCGGGCCAGAACAACAGACGACAUGAUCUAAAAGAGCAGUUAUUGGAGAGCAUGAAGGUGUUUGUCAGAGUAGCUGGGCAUGAGAAUGCUCUGGUUCUCCAGGAGAGUCUUUAG